CAAAGCCUCAUCUCAACUUCAACAACAACAUCGCAAGAUGUCCUCCCCUUCCGAAUCAAACCGAAGGGGACGCUUUGAAUAUGAAGAUGACGACGAUGCAGACAAUCCAAGGAUAACUCAAGGCUCUGCUGCCUCUUCACACGACUCUGCAAAGCGCGCCCGCAUUGCACACUCCGCACCACAACGAUCACGACGGCAAGAACAAUAUGACGAGGAUGACGAUGACGAAGGUAGCGAUGGAGGUGAAGUCGAUAUGUCGGCCUUCCAACCUGGAGCAAUUGUUCGCGUCAAGUUGACCAAUUUCAUUACAUAUGAGGAUGCCGAAUUCUUUCCUGGACCAAGUUUGAAUAUGGUCAUCGGCCCUAACGGUACCGGAAAGAGUUCUCUUGUUUGUGCUAUAUGCUUGGGUCUUGGUUGGGGACCUGUAACACUAGCAAGAGCUGGCAAGAUUGGAGAGUUUGUCAAACACGGCAACCGGGAGGCAUUUGUCGAAAUCGAACUUCACCGCAGACCUGAUGAGGCUAGGAAUCAUAUCGUCCGGCUAAAGAUAAAUCGAGAUGGUACUCCUCACGAUCGGGAGUGGUGGUUGGAUAACAAGAAAACUUCACUCACAGCAGUUAAGGAGUUGACCAAAGACUUUAAUAUCCAGGUUGACAACUUAUGUCAAUUUCUUCCUCAGGAGAAAGUAGCUGAAUUUGCAGAAUUAACACCGGUCAACCUAUUGAAAGAAACUCAACGUGCGGCCGCUCCCAAAGAAAUGCUAGAACAGCACGAGGAACUGAAAAAACAUCGGAAGGUCCAGAAGGAUCUCGAAGGACAGGUCCUGCGCGAUCGCGAAACCGUACAGACGCUCGAGCAACGGCAAGCAAGCCUUAGGGCCGAGGUACAGAAGUUGGAAGAGUUGGAGGAAGUUCAAGAAAAGAUACGAGUGCUCAAUAACACAAUUCCCUUCGUUGAGUAUCUUAAUGCCCGGAAACUGCAUUUCGAGCUUAAAAAGCUCAAAGAAGAGGCCCAACAGAGAUUGAGAACCUUGGAAGCCCGCCUUGGACCAACUUUGGAGUCCGUUCGCCGCAAGGAGGAGUACCAAGGUCUUAUCAAGGUCGCUGUACAAGCACGUACAAGAGCUGUAGAGUUGGCAGAAAAAGAAGCAGACCAGCUGAUCAAAAGCAUUACCAAUCAGGAGGAGGGUAUCGAAAAUAUCAACCAAUCUAUAGUAGCAGAGGAGGGAGCUUCCAAUAAGACAAAGCAGGAUAUUACAAGUCUUGGAUCAAAAAUCCGGUCUCUGACGUCGCAACUCAAAACCCCUAUACCCGAUUUCAAUGUGGUCGAACUCAAUGACAAGAUGGUUAGCAAAUGGUCCUUGUUCUAUGUCUGUACUAACGGUCCUUAGCAAUCCAAAGAUCGCGAGAUCCGAGCCGCAAAGGCCGAAGAAACUGAGCUUGCCGAAAAAGACCGCAUUUCACAGGUUCAAGGAAGAGAGAAUCGGAACCAACUUACUACUAAAGGACAAGAACUUGCAGAUCUCGACACUCAGGACGGGAAAAAAUUAUCCAAGCUCGAUCAGAUGUCGCCGGAAACUGGUAAGGCUUGGAGAUGGAUCCAGAAUCACCGAACAGAAUUUGAAAAAGAGGUGUACGGCCCCCCUUUGAUUUCAUGUUCAAUCAAGGACCCUAGGUAUACGGACGUCAUUGAAUCAUUUCUCCGCAAAAAUGACUUUUUGACAAUUACGGUACAAACCGGUGCCGAUUUCAAGAAGUUGAAUGACGAGCUUUAUGGAAGACAGAAACUCGCUGCUUUUCCACUCAAAAUGGUAUCAGAUGUAUCCAGCCUUCAUGCCUCUUCAUCUCUACCUGCAGAAGAACUAAAGCGAUUUGGUCUGAACGGCUGGGCCUUAGACUAUAUUGAUGGACCGGAGCCCGUUUUAGCCAUGCUUUGCGAAACAAGGGGUCUAAAUAAAUCUGCAAUUGCAGCUCAAGACAUCACCACACAGCAAUACGAUACAAUCCUCCAAGAUGGCAGAUUAGUUCAGUUUGUAGCGGGCAAGAGUGCUUAUUCGGUUUCCAGGAGAAAGGAAUAUGGUCCUCAGGCUGUUUCCACAACUACCAAGACUGUUCCGCCUGCAGUUUUCUGGGUCGACAAGCCUGUAGAUGGUGCUGCACGAGAGGCGAUAAGAGCCCAGAUGAGGACCUUGACUGAGGAAUUUGCAAUUCUCAAGUCAGAGAUAACAGCGGCCAGGACAAGAAUGGCAGAAUUGAAGACUGUCAUCCAAGAAUUGGAGGAUGCGAAAGUGGGUCCAUCGUUAACAUGGCCGUUGUACAAAUGCUUACAUGUCAAAUAGAACCGCGUAAAAGAUGAGAAAAACCGUCUCCAAAAGGCUCACUCUACACGAGCUGCUCUUCCCGAUAAGCUCAGUGAGUUGAUCAUGUCCAUUUGUAGUUGCAUUGCUAAUUUUCUGGUAGAGCGCGAUGAAGAAACCCUGGAGGCAAAACGAGCGAUGAUGAAGGAGCAUAAGGCAAAAGUGAACAGAUUUCAACGCCAAAUCGACACUGCUGUUCUUAGAAAGGCAAAGUUUGCUAUUGACCUUAAAAGCGUCCUUGCCAAGAUCAGAGAAUGUCACCAAGACCUGUUGGAAGCAGAAAUCAUGAAUAUCGAAGCGAAGUCUGAUAUUGAAGCCCUUAAGGAACGUAACAAAGACACGGAAGAGCUCCUCGCUCGCGAACGCGCACAGGUCAAGGAGGUGGAGCAGCAGUCAACGGUUGCAAAGAAUAAGGCAAAAUUGGCUAGAGAGGCGGCGCAGGAAAUUAAUGCCAAUGAGGAGGACGCUUCAGUAUAUUCCAACCUUCCGGAAGAUUUGACUGUCGAAAUUUUAGAGGCGCAGAUUGUGGCCGAAGAAUCGAAGCUCGAAUUUCUCCAUGCCAAUAACCCCAACGCAAAGAGAGAUUAUGAUUUACGACAGGCAGAGCUGGAAAAGGUGACCGAAAGGGUUGGAGAAGCAGAGAGCAAAUUAGAGAGGAUCGAUGGCAGGAUUACUCGCAUUCGCGGAGUCUGGGAGCCUGCGCUUGAUGAACUGAUUCGAGAGAUUAGUACGGCAUUCGCCUACAACUUUGAACAGAUCGGUUGCGCUGGGGAGGUCAGUGUUAAUAAGGCCGAAGACUUUUCAGAUUGGGCAAUCGAAAUUAAGGUAAAAUUCAGGUACGUGCUAACAUCUUGUUGCGUAGCGAUCUUCUCUAACGUGUUACAGAGAGAACGAAUCUUUGCAAAUCCUCGACGCUCAUCGUCAGUCGGGAGGAGAGAGAUCUGUAUCGACCAUCUUCUACCUCAUGUCCCUGCAAUCCAUGGCCAAGGCACCAUUCCGCGUUGUUGACGAAAUCAACCAAGGCAUGGAUCCUCGCAACGAACGUAUGGUACAUGAGCGUAUGGUUGAAAUUGCUUGUAAGGAGCAUACGAGCCAGUACUUCUUGAUCACUCCUAAACUCCUUACUGGCCUACGAUACGACAAGCGAAUGAAGGUUCUUUGCAUUGCGAGUGGUGAGCACAUGCCGCCCGAUUACAAACGACUUAAUAUUUCCAAGAUAAUUGGUAUCAAGCGUGCGAUCAUGGCUACUGGCUGAGAAAAUCGGCUCUAGAGGGCAAAGAUGGAAAAAGGGUGCCUAUUUGUAUUUGGAGGAGUGACAUGGGCUGGGCAGGAACUGUAACGAAUAAUGUAUUCAUAGAAUCUGGUCUCACGACGCAAAAUCGGUGGGGGUUGGGGGGUGUCUUUAGGCGUGUGGGACCACAUAUCCUUGCUUCUAUUGCUGGAUGGGUAUGGUAUCUCAAGCAAGGUCUUGAAUUUACAUGCCCUUGGAAGUAUCUUGGCGCCAUACGAAGGGAAUGCUUGUGUAGAUACUUUAAUGAAAGUUACUUUUCGG